UCUGAACCGGUUUCAACCGGUUAUGUGAGUUAGUUGCUUCAACGAGGAGAAGAGGCGCAGGAAUACAAUCUCUCAAACCGCCCCGCUGCAAAAAAAUAUUAUAGUAAAGAAUUAAAUUGUAAAUCAAGGUUUAUUUUAUUUCGUAAAAUGAAUCGGAGUAUAUUACUGAGCGUGCCGUGAUAAUAGUUGCGGAAUCCACAUCUGUGAUCCUUAUUAACUAGCCAUCAAUACACAUUGUGGAAUUGGAGCCAGCUAACGUUUCAGAGAUAACAGUAACGUUAGCUAGUCUAUUUCUUACUAAACAACAACGAUAUUGUAUAUAGCCUUGUAGCUAGCUUCCCUGGGGGGAAAAUACAAUCUUCUUUCAGUCAGAGGCUUGGACUUUUGUCUAACCCCCCUCCUUGCUGUCCAUCCUUGCAGAGCUCUAUGCCAGCAGUUAUGACAGUGUUAGCAGACCAUGCAGCGCAGCAGCUGCUGGACUUCAGCCAGAAACUAGACAUCAACCUGUUGGACAACGUGGUCAACUGUCUGUACCACGGGGUCGGAACACAGCAAAGGAUGGCUCAGGAGGUUCUGACCCAGCUGAAAGAGCACCCGGAUGCUUGGACCAGAGUGGACACCAUACUGGAGUUCUCCCAGAGUAUGAACACCAAAUACUAUGCUCUGCAGAUUCUGGAAACGGUUAUCAAAACAAGAUGGAAGAUUCUACCCAGAAACCAGUGUGAAGGUAUUAAAAAGUAUGUUGUUGGACUUAUUAUCAAGACGUCGUCGGACGCCACAAUGGUCGAGAAAGAGAAAGUUUACAUUGGAAAGCUGAACAUGAUCCUUGUGCAGAUCCUAAAGCAGGAGUGGCCCAAGCACUGGCCCACGUUCAUCAGUGACAUCGUGGGAGCCAGCCGCACCAGCGAGAGCCUCUGUCAGAACAACAUGAUCAUCCUCAAGCUGCUCAGUGAGGAGGUGUUUGACUUCUCUAGUGGGCAGAUGACCCAGGUCAAGGCCAAGCACCUCAAAGACAGCAUGUGUAACGAAUUCUCCCAGAUAUUCCAGCUCUGCCAGUUUGUCAUGGAGAAUUCCCAGAAUGCACCACUGGUCCACGCCACUCUAGAAACGCUGCUGAGGUUUCUCAACUGGAUUCCUCUGGGGUACAUUUUUGAGACCAAACUCAUCAGCACACUCGUCUACAAGUUCCUGAACGUGCCGAUGUUCCGCAACGUGACGUUGAAGUGUCUGACGGAGAUCGCCGGGGUCAGUGUCAGCCAAUACGAGGAGCAGUUUGUCAACCUCUUCACACUCACCAUGUGUCAACUCAAACAGAUGCUUCCCCUGAACACCAACAUUCGUCUGGCGUAUUCCAACGGUAAAGAUGACGAGCAGAACUUCAUCCAGAACCUCAGCCUGUUCCUCUGCACGUUCCUUAAGGAACACGGACAGCUCAUCGAGAAGAGGCCCAACCUCCGAGAGACACUCAUGGAGGCUCUCCACUACAUGCUGCUGGUGUCUGAGGUAGAGGAGACAGAGAUCUUUAAGAUCUGUCUGGAGUACUGGAACCACCUGGCUGCAGAGCUUUAUAGGGAGAGUCCCUUCUCCACCUCCACCUCCCCCCUGCUGUCUGGAUCACAACACUUUGAUGUCCCUCCUCGCAGACAGCUCUACCUGCCUGUACUCUCCAAGGUGCGUCUGCUGAUGGUGAGCCGCAUGGCCAAGCCGGAGGAGGUGCUGGUGGUGGAGAAUGACCAGGGAGAGGUGGUACGAGAGUUCAUGAAGGAUACAGACUCCAUCAACCUCUACAAGAACAUGAGGGAGACACUGGUGUACCUGACCCAUCUGGACUAUGCAGACACGGAGCGUAUAAUGACAGAGAAGCUUCAUAACCAGGUGAACGGUACAGAGUGGUCCUGGAAGAACCUCAACACACUGUGCUGGGCUAUAGGGUCCAUCAGUGGAGCCAUGCACGAAGAGGACGAGAAGAGGUUCCUGGUUACCGUCAUCAAGGAUCUGCUGGGUCUGUGUGAACAGAAGAGGGGGAAGGACAAUAAGGCCAUCAUUGCCUCCAAUAUCAUGUACAUCGUGGGCCAGUACCCUCGCUUCCUCAGAGCCCACUGGAAGUUCCUCAAGACUGUCGUCAAUAAACUCUUUGAGUUCAUGCACGAGACCCAUGAUGGGGUACAGGAUAUGGCGUGUGACACUUUCAUCAAGAUCGCCCAGAAGUGCCGUCGCCAUUUUGUCCAGGUGCAGGUGGGCGAGGUGAUGCCCUUCAUCGACGAGAUCCUCAACAACAUCAACACCAUCAUCUGUGACCUGCAGCCACAACAGGUUCAUACGUUCUACGAGGCCGUGGGGUAUAUGAUCGGAGCCCAGACAGACCAGGCAGUACAAGAGCAUAUCAUAGAGAAAUACAUGUUACUACCUAACCAGGUGUGGGACAGCAUCAUUCAACAGGCCACCAAGAACGUGGACAUUCUGAAGGACCCAGAGACAGUGAAGCAGCUAGGCAGCAUCCUGAAGACCAACGUCCGGGCUUGUAAGGCCGUGGGACACCCCUUCGUUAUCCAGUUAGGACGCAUUUAUCUGGACAUGCUCAACGUCUACAAGUGCCUCAGUGAAAACAUCUCCGCAGCCAUCCAGACCAACGGAGAGAUGGUGACGAAACAGCCCCUGAUCAGAAGUAUGAGGACGGUGAAAAGAGAGACGCUCAAACUCAUCUCCGGCUGGGUUAGCAGAUCCAGCGAUCCACAGAUGGUGGGGGAGAACUUUGUUCCGCCGCUGCUCGACGCCGUUCUCAUCGACUACCAGCGCAACGUCCCCGCCGCCCGGGAGCCCGAGGUCCUCAGCACCAUGGCAACCAUCGUCAACAAGCUGGGCGGACACAUCACCGGGGAGAUCCCGCAGAUCUUCGAUGCCGUGUUCGAAUGCACGCUCAACAUGAUCAAUAAAGACUUUGAGGAGUACCCGGAACACAGGACUCAUUUCUUCUACCUGCUGCAGGCGGUCAACUCCCACUGUUUCCCAGCAUUCCUGGCCAUCCCUCCGGCCCAGUUCAAACUGGUGCUGGACUCCAUCAUCUGGGCCUUCAAACACACCAUGAGGAACGUGGCCGACACCGGUCUUCAGAUCCUCUACACUCUACUGCAGAACGUGACUCAGGAAGAGGCUGCAGCACAGAGCUUCUACCAGACAUACUUCUGUGACAUCCUCCAACACAUCUUCUCUGUGGUCACUGACACAUCACACACUGCUGGCCUGACGAUGCAUGCCUCCAUCCUGACCUACAUGUUUAACCUGGUGGAGGAAGGGAAGAUCAACACCCAGCUCAACCCCUCCAACCCCAGCAACAACCAGGUCUUCAUACAGGAGUACGUGGCCAACCUGCUCAAAACUGCUUUCCCACAUCUACAGGAUGCCCAGGUCAAGGUGUUUGUAACAGGACUGUUCAGUCUAAACCAGGAUAUUGCAGCCUUCAAGGAACACCUGAGGGACUUCCUGGUACAGAUUAAGGAGUUUGCAGGGGAGGACACCACAGACCUGUUCCUGGAGGAGCGGGAGGCAUCGCUGCGUCAGGCGCAGGAGGAGAAACACAAGCUGCAGAUGUCAGUUCCUGGUAUCCUCAACCCACAUGAAAUACCUGAGGAGAUGUGUGAUUGAGACGUCCAGCCCCUGCGACACGCCACAUGAACCAAACUGCUGUUACUGUACAUACAGGCAUACCAACAAACACACACAACUAACCCUAACAGAACAGAGGUGGGAGGCCCCCGGUCACUUUGCUGAGGUACGGAGAGAGCAGACACGCACGUCCUCAUCCAUCAGGUGUUUUGUCGACCAAAACCAUGUCAAUAUGUAAAUGACGACGUACCACGUCACCCCGUGGCCGUUAUACAUAGCACCUACGCUACGUUUUAUAUGGAGACUUCUGGGUGAUAUGUUUCCACUGUUUAACCCAAACUUGUAUUGUUAAUUUGGUCAUGGGUCAUCACCCCCCCUAGCUGUCAUGGGUCAUCACCCCCCUAGCUGUCAUGGGUCAUCACCCCCCCUAGCUGUCAUGGGUCAUCACCCCCCCUAGCUGUCAUGGGUCAUCACCCCCCCUAGCUGUCAUGGGUCAUCACCCCCCCUAGCUGUCAUGGGUCAUCACCCCCCCUAGCUGUCAUGGGUCAUCACCCCCCUAGCUGUCAUGGGUCAUCACCCCCCUAGCUGUCAUGGGUCAUCACCCCCCCAGCUGCAGACGUAUGUGGAUAAGACUUCUGAACUUUACUUGUUUUGUUUCCUUCCCUCCUUGUUCUCCCCUUCACAUGUUAUCUCUCUCUCUAUAUAUAUAUAUAGAGAGAGAGAGAGACUGAGGAAAGUUUUUGUGAAACAAGGCAUAUGUGUCAAAAAGUUCUCAGCAAAGAGGCUUCUAGAACUAUUGUGUGACAGACGGACAGACUAGAAGGAAUGAAGUGGUAUUCUAGAAGUAUGUGUGUGCACCCUGCGUCUGAUUCCCAACCCAAUGCAUUGUGGUUAGAAUGUGAAGCUAGCGGAUUAUGAAGGAAGGAAGUCAGAGAUGCUGCUGCUUUGUGUGUCAGGUGGUCAGGCUAGCGGCCGUGCUCAUUGGUUGAACCUCCGCCCAACUGAAAGAAACCUACUGCGUUUGGUCGCCUGGCUGUGACGAGGCGGGAACUAGGAAGACAGGAAGGAGCAUCAUCGGAGCAAGACAGUCAGAUUAUGUGCAUAUCAUCCCAAUUCUAUAGCACAUGAAUUACCAUGGGAACAUCAUUAUUAUUUACUGUAUUUUUGUGGGUGUGUUGAGUGCGUGUGCUGUCGCCUAGACGACAUGGGCGUUUAGUUUUCCUCUGCGAGGAUCGUUGCUCCCGUAGUGAGCUCUUCAUUAAAAUGGACCUUUAACUGAAAGAAGAAGCGGUUAUUGAAAUUUUAUUUAUGGGUUCAAGAUGGCUGCAUCUUUAUAACAAACUCCUGUUUAACUUGUGUCAGUCUGAAUUGGAACUAAUUGACAUUGUUUACCAUGCUAGUAGUGCUUCAACAACACUACCUAGAAGACAAGCAAAAAUAACAACAACUCGGUUUACAUUUCAUUUGGAUCUUUAUAACAUCUCUUCUAUCCAAAAUAAAACAAAAGGCUUUUAUUCCAGAGUGAAAUAAGUAGUUGACAACAGUUUAAUUAAGCAACAAAUGUAUAAAUCCUAAUCCACACUCAAUCUGUAAAUGGCAAAUAGUUCCCCUUCUCUACUCGUUCCAGUUGUUGUGAAACUUUUUGAACUGAUUAAAGUUGAGGAUUUUAUAA